CUCGCGCACGACGUCGCGCGCGCCAUGAGAUACCUGCAUGCACUGCAGACUGACAAGAUACUGCCCACUUAUGCGCUCAAUUCUAAGCAUAUUAUGAUCGACGAAGACCUAACAGCCCGUAUCAACAUGGCAGACUGCAAGUUCUCGUUCCAAGAGAAGGGUCGCGUGUACUCGCCGGCGUGGAUGGCGCCCGAAGCCCUACAGAAGCCCCCGUCCAAGCGGAACCUAGAGGCCGCCGACAUGUGGAGCUUCGCCAUCUUGCUGUGGGAACUUGCUACUAGAGAAAUCCCCUUCGCUGACCUGUCGCCAAUGGAAUGUGGUAUGAAGAUAGCGCUGGAAGGUCUCCGCGUCACAAUCCCGCCUGGCAUCUCUCCGCACAUCGCCAAACUUAUCAAGAUCUGUAUGAACGAGGACCCUGGCAAACGACCCACCUUCGAAAUGGUAAUACCUAUCCUCGAGAAGAUGAAACGCUGAAAUUGAACAAAGUUUUUCAUAUAAAAUAUUUAUUUAUGUGUCUGAUAUUAUGAUUAUGUUGCAAGGUGUAUAUUUGAAACCUGUAUACUUGAAUAAUUUACACAGUACCUAACGAUGAAUGUUGUAUGUACGGUCAAAGGUCAAAAGUCCACUGCCACCGUAAGACUACUAUCGGUUGCGCUGCAGCGCUUAUACACA